UACACUGGUUAUUGUUUUAAACCCCGGGGUUGGAAGUGAAGUUAGGGUUUUAAGGGGUUUUGAUAAAUCAAACAUAAAAAUUACUACCAUUUCCUCUUACAUUGGUGCAGGAACAGGGUAGCGGCGGUGAGUAGAGCGAGCAGGAAAAGGAAAGCAAAGCAAGAUGCCGAUGCCUCAGCCUUUGUUGAACAAGAAGAUUGUUAAGAAGCGUGUGAAGAGGUUCAAGAGGCCACAGAGCGAUCGCAGGAUUACUGUCAAGGAGAGCUGGCGUAGACCAAAAGGUAUUGAUUCACGUGUAAGAAGAAAGUUUAAAGGAUGCACCCUCAUGCCCAACAUUGGUUAUGGAUCAAACAAGAAAACCAAGCACUACUUGCCUUCAGGCUUUAAAAAGUUUGUUGUACACAACGCUAGAGAGCUGGACCUUUUGAUGAUGCACAACAGGACAUAUUGUGCUGAAAUUGCGCACAAUGUUUCAACACUGAAGAGAAAGGCUAUUGUGGAACGAGCUGCACAACUCAACAUCAUGGUAACCAACAUGCUAGCCAGAAUACAAAGCCAGGAGGAUGAGUAGAAGUUGGUCUUGUUUCUUUGGGGAUAGGGCUUGGCUUCAAGAAUAUUUUUGUUGAGUUGAAUUUUAUUUAUCAAAGUUGGGAACAGUGUAUUCAGUUGAUAGUUUUUAUUUAGCUUGUUUUAAUAUUGAAUCUACUGUGAUCAAGAAAUUUUUAUUUUGCCCAAGAUACAAUUUUGGUUAAAGGGAAAAUUGUUUUGACUUUCUUAAUAUCUAAAUAUUUGUGUAUUACAUGGGUAA